UCUCGCCUAUUUCCUCUCUCUAAAACCCAACUUCUUUUCAACGACUCUAUUCCAUUUUUCAUUCUCAAAUUAUCCACCGCCAAACCAAAAUCUCUUAUUAAACGACAAUGGCGCCCAGGUCGUUUAACCUACGCACAGCGUUCUUUCUUCUCGUCGUUUCGCUAUCUCCUUUAUCUUCUUCGGCUCUGGUUUCGUCUUCCGAUUUCUCAACCCCAUACCCAAAAGCUAUUUCUGAUUUGAGAGAUGCUACGGUGAAAUGGUUGGGGCUUCAGGCUGAGGACUUGAAGAUAUCUGGUUUUGAUUUGAGAGAUGCGCGGGUAGGACAUUCGGUUGCGUACGAGUUCGAUGUUGAGGUUGAUAACAAGGUCCUUCCUUUCAAGCUUUUGGAGGAUAUUGACAAAUGGGACUACGUUGAUUUGCCCAUUUUUAGGGUUGAGAAUGGGCUAGUUGAGAAGAGUAAAUUGGAAAGUGGGUUACCUCCUGUUUUGGCCCCGUUUCAGCUCGCUGGCCCAAUGGAGCUUUGGAUUCAAGACGCCAAGGAUAUGAGGAUCUCCCUCCCUCAUGAUGUGGAUGCUGGUGUUUUGAAGAAAAUUAUAUUAGCAGAUGGUGCCGUGGUUACGAUCAAGGGUGCCAGAUCGGUUAGUUUGCGCCACCCACUUGAUCUGCCUCUUCCUUUCAAUCGAACUGGCAAUGGCUUUGCCUCUGGUCUACUUACCCUGGCUGAAUGGCUACGCCAUGCUUCCCGCACUCAAGGCUCUCCACUGCUCUCACUUCGCAUUGUUGGCCCCACUUCUAUCACAUCCCCAUCGUCAUCAUCAUCCUCUUCCAGUAACAGGCUUAAGCUUAAGCGACUUGCGCCAGGUCUUGUGGAGCUGUCCUCGCCCUCUAAAACUAAAGCUAUUGAGACCCUUUCAUCUGUUGAUCUCUCAAAUGAGGUCACUUCCCUCUUAAGUCCUAGCCAGUUCACCACCUUGUGGCCUCUUGUUUCCAUCAAUGGGUCCAACUCAAAAGUAGUUGGUUUUGAGACGCUACUCGCUUCUGUUCUGGGUCCUAAUGCUAACAACAAAGGCUCCUUUAAGUUGCUGAAGGCUGAUGUUUCAUCUCAAACCUAUUUGAAGAUUGGCUUUGCGGCAGAGAAGAAGUUGAAAGAAGGAGAUGAUGCUUACUGGGAAGGUUUACCUGAAUGGAGAACAAAGCCUGAGACAGUAAAGAUGCAUUUUGAGGUACUUGCUAAGGUAGAUGGUGACAAGGUUGUGCCUGAGAGAAUAGUACCUAUUAAACCAGUUGUUGUGGAAGACACUGUGGCACUUAAUGUACUUACUGGGAACGUGACAAUGUCAAGGACUCCUAUUAUUUACCCUCCUCCUGACCCCUUCACACUGUAAAUUGGUGUACAUCAUAAGGUGUGAUUUCCUGGUCACAGGGUUUAAGUGUAAAGAUAAAGUGUGUUUUGCCCCAUUUUAAGUUUAUUAGAAUAGAAUUAUACCGUUAAAGAUAUGGACUUCACUAUGUAGGUCGCCAUUUUCACUUAUACUUCCCCGAGGUUGGUUACUAUAAUAUUAAAAACCAAGUAUAAGUUUGUAUUGUACAUAACCCGGAUGAGUGAGUGGUUGAGAGGCUUGAGACUUGAACAUAGUGAUACAUCUUGAGUUGAAUUUAAGAAAGAAGAACUUUUUUAUGUUUUA